UCAGUUGGUCAAAGUCAGAGUCAGAGUCAGACGAACUUCUUCUUCUCUCUGAGUUCUCUCCAUUUUGUUGGCUGAAAAUUAGUCCAGCGGUUAUCAAUUGCUAAUUAGUAAUAAUUAAUUACGUCGAGUUUAAUUUGGUCAGACAAUGCCUCCCAAAAAGGCAGGUGCUCCUGAUGAGGAGAAGAAACCUGUCGCCAAAAAAGCUAGGACGGACGAUCUGACUACAAGGACGAGUGACAGUCGGCUAAGCCAGUAUCAUUUGGAGACGAUCAAUCGAGCUGUGGAAACGGUAGUGGAAUCAUUUCCUGAAGCAUUCCGCAAUAAUGUCAAUGGCAUUCUUGGAGGGCCAGUUGCUUCGACAUCAAGUGGUGCUGCGGCUGCAUUGAAACAAUCGCUGGUGAGGAGUGCUGAGUUUCAACUUUUGGAUUUAGAUUCUUCUGAUGAUGAAGCCAUUUCGUCGAAGCGUGAAAUCGAAUAUAUUUUUCGCAAGUUUAAUGAAGCAUCCCAGCCUACGAAGCAAGGUGUACAAGCCGUGCAGAAGAAGAAAGAUUUCAUAGUUGGAAAAAGUAAUGGAGCGAAGAACGAGAUCACUAUACAGAUACAGCAAAUGCAGCGCUUAAUGACUCCGGAAGAGCUACGAAACUGUCCAACUCCAGUUUUGGAGAUUGAGAUGAUGGAGGAGGGGGUGGAUUCCAGUUCAACAAUUCCAGGCGUAGGGGACACUGCGGUUGAAGAAAUACAAGGCGAUACAAACGAGGUAUCGGGCCCUUCUGGUUCUCGAACUCGGAGUAUCCCUCGAAAGGGUUGCCCCCCUAUCAAUGGGAAGAAGACGACUGUACCUGUCACAGAAAUUACAAUUUCCGACAGCGAUGACGAUAAGCCCACGUGUUCUAAAAGAGUGAGCGCAAUCAAACGUGGUAAGAAGAAAUCCAAAGGAAAAAGUACAAAACCAAGUUCCAAGAGCUUAGUGCUUAGUGGCAAAAAUGAAGAAGAGCAGGAAGAAGAAGUUGAUCUAGGCGCGUUGCUUCUUUUUAAUAUUGAAUGUCGUGGCGACACCUGGCCAGUACGUCUUUAUGAGAAACAGUUUGUUCGAGAACUGCGAUCUCUUAUCGCUAAAAAGUUGGACGUCUGUUCGAGUGAGAUUCCUUUACUUUUCCUUGGAACCCACAAUCGUCUUGAGGAUGACAAAACUCUAGGAGAAUGUGGAAUAUCAAAUUUAUGCACCAUUGAAGCGUACAUGAACGCGAAGACCGACAAGGAACUCUAUGAUGAAGGUUCGAGCAAUGUGUUGAAGUUAAAGCUACAAACUAGUGAUCGUCGAGGACGACAGGAUAAGUGGGUGUACAUGAGAAUGAAUAAGACAUUUGAAACUACAGUAGAAGAAUAUGCAGUCGAAAUAGGUAUUCCAAGUACGGGUAUUAGAAUAAAAUUUGAGGGUGAAUUACUGAAUCUAAAAUCGACUCCAGCGGAUUAUGAUUUAGAAGGUGAAGAGUGUUUGGAUCUCAUUCUUCCGAAUUAAUCAACUGUACACUCUAAUGAUUAACUAGCUUUAAAUUCAGUACUAUAUAUACAGUACGUAAAUGUAUGCAGUUAUUGUUUCCAUAGAUAUUACAGCCCAGUAUUUUAGUCUGUUUUUUACCAGCCACUGUUUUUCUACGUAUAAUGGUUUUAAUACAGAUACAGAAUAAUAAACCAAAUUAAACAACAAUCAAA